AUGCGAUUCCGUGGCGCACAUUCCCAAAAGCGCUAUCUCGAGCUGUGCUGUUUGACAGCAUUGGCCGCUCUGUCAGUUGUUAUUACGCAACCUGCAUCAUCCGCAGCUGCAACGACGUCAGUCUCUUCUGGUAACGAAAGCGGUGCAGAGAUGCAGAACCUCUCGACGCACAUUCUCGACACAGCCCUCGGAAAACCGGCCAGAGAGGUGCCUGUUACGUUGUAUCGUCAGGGACCGAACCAAACAUGGACAAAAAUCAGCACAGGUAUUACUGAUGAGGCCGGUCGGUUCCGAAACUUCUUUGACAUUGGCCAACAGAAACUCCAAACGGGCGUGUACAAAAUGCAUUUUGAUAUCGAGCCCUAUUUCCGCGGGCGCAACGUGGAGAGUUUAUAUCCAUUCAUUGAGGUUGUGUUUGCCGUGUCGGAUGCUUCGCAGCAUUAUCAUAUUCCGCUGAUAUUGAGUCCAUUUGGUUACUCGACCUAUCGGGGCAGCUAGCGUGGACCUAGCAGGCCCUAUUUCGAAUCUGUGUAGCGGGUAAUAAAUAAUGAUUGUGCAUU